UGAAGUGGAGAGCAGAACUGAUCAUUGUAAUAUGCAAAUCCAGCAAGUUGGAGUUUCAUUAAUAAGAGAUCGGCAGAAAUUGGCAGAGCUUUUGAGGAAAUGUUCACAAAGUUUGUUAUACGAUGAAGCAAAACAAGUACAUGGAGCACUACUUAGAAUGGGUUAUGAGUCUGAUCUAAUGAUAAACAAUGACCUUAUAGAUACAUAUGGAAAAUGUGGCAGAGCGGACAAGGCUCAUUCCCUGUUUGAUAGAAUGCCUAAAAGGAAUGUUGUUUCGUGGACUGCUUUGAUGUGUGGAUAUCUGCAGGUAGGCAAUGCCAAGGAUUCAUUACUGCUUUACAAUGAGAUGGGAUAUUCAGACGUAAGGCCUAACGAGUACACCCUGUCCACAAAUAUCAAAGCAUGCGGGAUAUUGGGUGCUGUAGAGAGUGGAAAACAGAUCCAUUCCAUGUCUAGCAAAAGUGGAUUUGAAGGGUAUCCUGUGGUUGGAAAUUCAAUCAUCGAUAUGUACUUGAGAUGUAGAAGAAUUGAUGAAGCUGAAAAAAUGUUCUAUUCAAUGCCAGUUACAAGUCUGAUAACAUGGAAUGUUAUGAUAGCAGGAUAUGCGCUAUCUGAAGGUACGGGUGCCAAAUCUUUGCAUUUCCUUCAGGAAAUGCAGAAACAAGGAGAAAUUCCAGACGAGUUUACACUCUCUAGCACUUUAAAGGCUUGUCGUGGCCUCAGAGCUAUUCAAGAAGGGAGACAAAUACAUGCCUAUCUAAUCAGACGAGGGUACUCCAUUUUGACCCAUAAAAUUCUUGCUGGUUCCCUGAUUGAUCUUUAUGCUCAAUGUGGAUACUUAUGUGAAGCACAAAAGGUGUUUAGUAAAAUGGAAGCAAAGAGUUUGAUAUCAUGGAAUGCUCUAAUGGUAGGUUAUGCUCGACAAGGAUGUUUUCCAGAGGCCAUCAGCUUGUUCAGGCAGCUCAGGUGGAGUAGCAUUCCUGUUGAUAGUUUCAUUCUGUCUAGCAUAAUCAAUGUGUUUGCAGACUUUUCUAUGGUGGAGCUGGGAAAGCAGAUGCAUUGCUACACCGUCAAAAUCCCCUCCGAUUUGGACAUGUCAGUAGCUAAUUCAAUUCUUGAUAUGUAUCUGAAAUGCGGUUUUACAGAUGAAGCUGGAAAAUAUUUCAGUAAGAUGCUAGUGAAAAAUGUAGUUUCCUACACUGUUAUGAUCACAGGGUAUGGAAAGCAUGGUCUUGGUAAGGAAGCAGUCCAACUUUUGAAGAAAAUGCAGCUAGAGAAUAUUGAGCCUGACGAUGUGACCUAUUUGGCUGUGCUCUCAGCUUGUAGUCACUCCGGACUAGUAGAGGAAAGCCAAGAAUGCUUCACAAAGUUGUGCAAUGAUUACCGGGUGAGGCCUAGAGUAGAGCAUUAUGCUUGCAUGGUUGAUGCCCUUGGUCGUGCCGGACGUCUUAAAGAGGCCAAGAACCUCAUAGAGAAGAUGCCAUUGAGACCUAAUGUAGGAAUAUGGCAAACUUUGCUUAACGCUUGUAGGCUGCAUAAAAAUGCUGAGAUUGGGAGAGAAGUAGGAGACAUACUCUUGAGGUUGGAUGGUGACAAUCUUGUAAACUAUGUCUUGAUAUCGAAUAUGUUGGCAGAUAUUGGGUGCUGGAGAGAGUGUGAGAGAUUGAGAGGAUUGGUGAAAGCAAAAGGAUUGAAGAAAGAAGCAGGACGUAGCUGGUAGAGAUUCAGGAAUUCAUACACAAACCGACAGCAGAAUGGAAAGAGGACUCGGAAGAAGAUGACUUGAACUUCGAGUGAAAAACUGGCUCUUCCUUUUGGCUUAAGAUGACAAUACAAUUCCUUCUUGAACAUUUUAUAGGUGCAGCUCUAAAUGCAUUCUCUGCUGUAGUAUUAGCCCCUGAUCAUUUUCCGCAUUUAACUCUAGAAGAUUUUCCUUUUCUGCAUUUUUGCAUAAAAUAAAAGGUAAAUUACAACUA